AUGAUCAAGCUAUGGUCAGUCAAGAAAGAUGAGGAGGCAGCGAAUAAGAAGAAACCAAAGAUGACAGCUGCUCAACUUCGUGUACAAAAAGAUUUGACCGAACUUGAAUUACCAUCAACUAUGACAACCCAUUUCCCUGAUCCAGCCGACGUACUCAACUUUACACUUACAAUCACACCCGAUGAAGGUAUCUACAAAGGUGGUGUAUUCAAAUUCACUUUCAAUAUCAGCGGUGGAUAUCCUCAUGAACCUCCAAAGGUCAGAUGUACACAGAAAAUCUAUCAUCCUAAUCUUGACCUUCAAGGCAACGUAUGCUUAAACAUCCUCAGAGAAGAUUGGAAGCCUGUUUUGAACCUUUCAUCAGUGAUGAUUGGUAUUCAGUACCUGUUCCUUGAGCCAAAUCCCGAUGAUCCACUGAACAAAGAAGCAGCUGAGGAUCUACGACGUAAUAAAGAAGGUUUCGUCCAAAAUGUCAAGAACUCAAUGAGGGGAGGUACAGUGAAAGGAGAAACUUUCGAUCGAGUACUCAAGGUUUAA